AUGUUACUUCUCUCUGUCGCCGCGACGAUUCCCCGGCCGCCUGCAGCCACCGACGACAUGUUCCAGGACGCGUCGACUUGCGCCUCGUCUCCUCGACCGCGUCGCGAAUUCUAUGCGCUUCUCGGCGCUGUGCUGCUCGCGCUCGUGCUCCUGUCGUUCGCGCUGGCGAAUACCGUCGCGUGGUACCGUCAAUUACGUCGGACCGACCGUAUCCAGCGUAAAACCGACCAAGUAGCCGCUAAAUCGGAGACGAUUAACCGACGCACAGCGCCGGCGCCCGUACCAGUCACGAUCUUAACUGGCUUUUUAGGGGCUGGGAAGACCACGUUAUUGAACCGGCUCUUGCUGGCCGAGAAGGCCCUGUUGCUGCCGUGUCGCAACAUUUUGGUCCUGGAGAACGAGCUGGGCGCUGUGAGCAUCGACCACGCGCUGCUUGAGACGGGCACGAAGCUCCAGGACACGGACCGAAGCAGUAUCUACGUGCUCAAGAAUGGCUGCAUGUGCUGCUGCCUCGCGCCGGGCGGCAAAGGCACGGGCGGCGACGAGCUCGAGCGCAUUUUGGACUACCUAUUGGACCUCGCGGACGAGCAGCGGUUUGAGUAUCUGAUUGUGGAGACCUCUGGACUUGCGGACCCGGGACCGAUUAUUGAAACGUUUUUGAAACUGCGUGCGUCGCGGUUCCGACUGGAUGCCGUGGUGACGAUCGUCGACGUGAAAGCGACGCAGCGGUAUUGGCACGAGGCGGAAAAGCGGUUUGUGUUUCCGAUCGAGUUGCAGCGCCAGUUGCUGUACGCGGAUGUGGUCGUGAUGAAUAAACUGGAUAUGGCGACCAAAGAAGAGUAUGCGAGAUUGGAGGCGGCUCAGAUGGCGAUGAACCAAGAAGCUACAGUUUGUAGCUGCAUUGACGCGGACGUCGAUGUGACCAAGAUCUUGAAUGUCAAGACGUUUGACGCCGUGCGGUUCAAGGCGCAGAGCACAUCUGCUACGGAACAAGGCAGUGCAGGUGUGCAGACGCGAGGACUGCAUACAGGGGGCAUCAUGACGGUGCACUUUGAGGUGGAACGCGAGGUGGACAUUGCUGCGUUUGGCGAGUGGCUUUCGGAUGUGGUUACGCAGUAUGUGAAAGGAGCUGACGUGCUGCGAGUGAAGGGCAUUCUCGCUGUCACGGGAGAUGCGCGAGACCGGCGCUGUGUUGUGCAGGGAGUGCUGGACACGUACACGAUCGCGCCUGGAUCGGUGUGGGAGGCUGGCGAGCAGCGCAUGUCCCGUCUUGUGCUCAUUGGUCAGGGUUUCGACCGGGCUGAGCUUGAGCGUGGCUUCCACAGUUGUCUGGUGGGAAAUGGCAGCAACAAUGCGGACGACGGGUUGGAGCAAGAGGACAAGGGCGCAGUCUGA